CAAAAGAGCUAACGAUUGUUGACCGCUAGCUAUAAUGGUCAAAUUAAAUUAUUAAAUUACUUGCUUGCAUAUUUUGCUGUCGUUAUCUCACCGCAAGUGUAAAAUUGAAUCUACGUCGUCGGCAUGUGAUAACACAACAAGACGCGAAGCAUACGAAAAAAUUUUGGUGAUGAACGAAGUUCCUACAGAAGAUUGGCUCGAUGUUCUAAUUGUGGAUUUAAAGGAGGACGGUGGAACAAGACAGUACAGCGAAGGAGAUUGGAAGGAAUAUUUUUGCGUGUUAGAACGUCAUCCUCCAGCUUUGAGAAUCUUUCUCGAUGAACAGGAAUACGAUGACUACCAAAAUUAUCCCAGUCAAUUACGUUCUCCUCAGGGUCGACGACAGUCAUUUGGGGAUAUCAUAGGACAAGGUUCGCAAUCCAUUCGUAAGUGGUCGAGUGUUGGAGAUUUAUUGUCGACAGUAGAUCGUCCAUCUAUUUCUGGAUCGCUUUUCCGACGACGGUUGUCAUCUGGUUUAGGAAAUCUCCUUGCGUUGGGACGACUUGAGAAAGUGAUAGAAGAAAGAACAGCGAAAGCUCCAAAGAGAUGGAAAAUCAAUAAAAGAAACGAGAAAGCAAAGCCUGGACAAUCUGGACGACGAAAUACAGCAUUUUCAUUGCAACAACGCGAAUCAUCGGACAUAACGGAUUCUGUUGAUCUCGCCGUUGAUGAGCAAGUUGAAGUACGAGCGAUACAUCCAAGUGUCAUAGGACAACAAUAUUGUUUUGUCAUCUCGAAUUCGCUGGAAACAAAGUAUUUUGCGUGUCAAUCGAGCGAAGAAAUGAGUAAAUGGAUUGGAAGUGUUAAAACGGCCCUGGAUCCCUCACGCGAUCUGGAUUGUCGAAUCGAUGUGUCUAUUGCAUUAUGGAUUGUUGAAGCUAAAGGAUUGACGAAUAAGAAAAGAUAUUUCUGCGAACUGCUUCUUGAUAAUGUUACCUACGCAAAGUCUUCUGGGAAGCAGCAGAAAAAUGACGCAUUAUUUUGGGGAGAACAGUUUAUUUUCGAGGAUUUGAAGGAAGUGACGGUACUUCAAAUUCAAAUUCACAAGGAUCAGGAGAAAAAGAAGAAGAAAGACAAAUCGUCUUUGAUUGGAACGAUCGAUAUUCCCACUAACUCGUUGGCCUUGAACCAGGAAGUAGAGAACUGGUACCCAAUCUCGCCUUCACCAACCAGUCAUAAUGAGGGGGCUAUGUUGAAGAUGCGCGUAAAGUUUCAUAAGAACCUAAUACUUCCUCUUGGGUUAUACAAUGAACUCCUGGAGUUUCUCAAGAACAACUACAGCAGUCUAUGUCUUUUUCUUGAACCUGUCUUGAGUGCAAAGUCUAAAGAUGAGAUGGCGAGGAUUUUAGUGCGCAUUUUGCAAUCGUGUGGAAAAGCCAAGGAAUUUCUUAUCGACCUGGUGAUUACUGAAAUGCAAAGAUCAGGUGAAGAGAAUAUAAUGUUUCGUGGCAAUUCUUUCGCGACAAAAGCCAUGGAUUAUUACAUGAAAAUGGUUGGAGAAGAGUAUUUAGAGCGAACUCUUGGAGAAUUUGUCAAGUCUGUGUACAUGUUUGAAGAGGAUUGCGAGGUCGACCCUAGUAAGGUAGCAACAGGUCAACUGGAAGCAAAUCAAGAGAACAUGAAAGCUUUCGUUGAGAAAGCUUGGAAUCGCAUUGUUAGCUCAGUUGUAGAAUUUCCAGGUGAACUUCUGGACGUCUUUAGUGAAGUACGGAGUACAUUCCCAACAGCUGAUAGCAAACCUUUAUGUUUCAAAUUGAUAUCAGGAACGGUUUUUUUGCGCUUUCUGGUGCCUGCAAUUCUUUCUCCGAGUCUUUUUGGUCUUGCGCAAGAAUAUCCUGACGAACAGACAUCGAGAACACUGACACUUGUUGCAAAAGUUAUUCAGAAUCUAGCCAACGGCUUAAGAUUCGAUCAAUCCAAAGAAGGUUAUUUAGAAUUCAUGAAUGAUUUUAUUGACGAGGAAAAGCGGAGUAUGCGGGAAUUUCUGCAGAAUAUUUCGACGAAAAAUGAGAUCAUUGAACCUGAUUAUAACGGUUGCGUGGAUCUAGGAAAGGAGUUAUCUGCAAUGCAAAGUUCUUUAAAUGAACAGAUUGGUAAACUUAGCAAGGAAGCUAUAAGUCAACUCAGUCCUUUAAAGUUCGUUUUGGAUACUUUAAAUGAUGCUUGUCAAAAUCCAAACGUCUCAUUCAAUCCCAAUCCAUCCAUUUUAUCCAAACAUGCCCUAUCGAACAACUUGUACAAGAAACUUUCGACAAAAACAUCAAAUGAGGCUAAUUCAAAGAAACCGACGGUUUUACGAAUAAGACCGGAUACGACCGAGAACGAAGAUUAUACGCGGCAUAUUAUGAUAAGAGAAACGAAAAAAAGAAAUCAACGAUACUACGAUAUGCGUUCGGUUGGUGGAAAGAGUCGAGAGACUUCUGAUUAUAGUUCUGAAAGUCAUAGAAGUAGGCAUAGACAAGAUUUUAAUGCAAAUAAGACAAAUACACAACAUUCAGCAAGAAGGAAAACCAAUUUGCGUAGUAAUACGGACAAAGAUGAAACAGACAUGCGCAGUCGAUCUAAAACUAAUCGUCGUUUGCGCUCUCCGCCUCCUUACUCAAAAAGAGAGUUUCCUACGAGUGAUUUAGGAGAAGAAUGUUUAUCUUCCGGUGAGGGAAACUCUACUGCCGUACCAUCUUUACAAAGACGGUAUGCAGAUCAUUCCAGUUCUGCUAAGUCGACGGGGAGCAGUGGGGGCUCUAAAUGGACUGGUAGCGACUAUGGUUCGCUACCAAGGAACUUAAGUCGUUCGGAUCAGGAAAUCGAACAGAACUAUGUGGAAACACAUGCUUAUGAGCCGAAUGUACAAGAAGCGCGAAAAACACCUGUAUCGGAUGUGGAAGAAAGACUAUUUUCUAGACCCCAUGACUUUGCAAAUAUACAUCACAGUCGGUCGUUAGAGAAUAUUGUACAUAUGCCCGAGGACCAAGUAAAAACGCGGGCUCAACUACGGCAACGACCUCGAUCUUUUGUAGCUCGCGAGAGAGUGGAAAUGUAUGAUGGUGAAAAUGCAGGGAAUGGAAGGAACUGGGUUCCAGUGCGACCAACAAUUCUGCGAAGAACUGGCGGGCUUCAAACUCGAUCCAUUUCUAGUAGCUCUAGCGGUGGAAGUUUUGGCGUAAAAACAAAUUCACACGAAAUGAUCGACAGAGACUCUCACGCAUAUCAAAAUUACAAGAAUGAUGUUUUGACGAAUCACGACGGAAAUCUAGCGACAAAAUAUGACGAUCAUGUAUACAACAAUCAUUUACAUCAGAUGUAUUCAACCGACUUGUCCGAUGCGAGACAAGAGUUGGAAGAAACAAAAAGUCUACUUUAUCAGAAGCAAAAAGAGUUAAACGAGGAAAGGGUGAAUAUGAGACGACGCGAAGUUGAAAUUGAAGAAAAACUAAGAAGAGAACAGGAGUCGAAGAAUAAGGAAUUGAGCAACGCAUACCAGAGACUUAGUUUUCUAGAACAGCAGCUUAGAGAGCAGCGAAAAGAAAUGAAUGAUACUUUGAAGGCAAAGGAUGUCAUUAUUCAAGCACAAGAAAGGAGAAUCAUCUCCCUAAACACGGACUAUAAUAAAUUAUUGGAAGCCUUGAAUCAUCUCCAGAAAAAGCCAUCUGUGAAAAAUAUGAAUAUGAGAAUUACGGAAAAUCUGUAAUAGCUGUGUACGUAUGGAGCAUGUGUUGAUUGUGUCGGAUAGAAAUGGAUAAGGAAUUUAAUAGUGUCCUUUUUUGACGUUUUUUAUGUUAACACGAAACCUACGGAGACAAUUAUUUAGGUUAAAACAAUCAUCUUUUCAAACCCACAAGUAAGAUUUGCACAUUCAUAUCGUGUUCUGUUAAUUUAAUACGUUGCACAUUUGAAACAACAUUUUUUGCAGAUUGUAUACAAAAAAAUUAUUGUUGUAUCUUGUAUUCCCACGUCAAAACUCUGCGGUAUUUAUGUACAUAUAUAGACAGACUGUAGAAAUUGUUUAAAAUUGAAUAUAUUUUUCAUUACGAGUCUA